AUGCCCAGAUACCCAUGGUUUCUUGAGACCUUUGACGGCUACCCUUAUCCCAUUCCGCGCACCGAUGCCAUUCGAUACCUCGUGCUGCAUCAUUUCGGCAGAAUCUACAUUGAUCUGGACGAUGGAUGCAAUCGCAGCCUCGAUCCUCUCCUCGCCUGCCCUGCGUGGGUCCGCCGCACCAUCCCCACCGGUAUCUCCAACGACGCUAUGAGCGCUACUCCCCGCCAUCCCUUCUUUUUGAAGGCGAUCGGCUCGUUGACGGACUACAACCGUUGCUGGCCACUGCCAUACACCACUGUUAUGGCGUCUACCGAACCGCUCUUCCUCAGCAUCGUCUGGAGGCACUGCAACAACGCCGGCCCCGUCGAUGGCGACCGCGUACGCAUUCUUUUCCCGGAAGAGUACAACCAUGCAUGGAGCUUCUUCACGCACCAUCUCGGAAACAGCUGGCACAGGACCGGCGUCAAGGUCAUGUUCUGGCUCACGAAACAUUGGCUUUUGUCACCAUUCCCGGAUUCGCUGCCGGCUUCGCGAUACUUGGCCUGUUGUAAAAGUUCUUCGUCUUAA